UAUCAUCAUCAUAGCUCAUUUCUGAGCCAUAUUACACAAACAUCACUUUUAAACUAUUAAACUACGAUCAAAUAUGACAUGUUUAAACGAGCGAAAUAAUUUAAGGAAAAAGUAUGGGGCAUCAUGGACAUUGGGCUACUAUUAAAGCUACUCAGCUACUAUCUCAUUUCAGCAGUGCGCGUGCUCAACACUGGGCUUUGUUUUUUAAAUUGCGUGUGGCCGGUAGCUAGCGGUACUGCUACUCGCAUGGGUUCUAUUUACUGUAGCCGGUUAUGUCGGAGGUGUAUUUCCACGAGGCAGUGGAGAAGUUGAUACUUUAUUUCGGACUGAGUGAGAGAGAGGGACCAAGCAAACGCAAUGGCGGGGGUAUUCGACAUUGAUUUGGAUCAGGUGGACGAAAAUGUGUCUGAUGAUGAACUCGGGGAUGGGCAGUCUCACAAGACUGUGUGUGUGAUGCAGUCAAAAAAGUCCCGUCUGAAUAAUCACUGGAACAGACCCAAAUGAGCGAAUGCACUGAGCAAUGCAGCGGUUUCGAAUUUAACAUGGACGACUGUGAAAAGUUUGAAAUCUCUGAAGACAGCGUCAACAAAGGAACGGAGCAGAUUCGUCCGGAAUGCUUUGAGUUACUCCGGGUUUUAGGAAAAGGAGGCUAUGGAAAGGUUUUUCAAGUUCGUAAGGUGUCGGGUGCUACUUCGGGAAAGAUUUUCGCCAUGAAGGUCUUGAAGAAGGCGAUGAUAGUGCGUAACGCUAAGGACACGGCACACACCAAGGCAGAGAGGAACAUCCUGGAGGAGGUGAAGCACCCAUUCAUAGUGGACCUCAUCUAUGCCUUCCAGACAGGGGGCAAGCUGUACCUCAUCCUGGAGUACCUUUCUGGUGAGCGGCUGGGGCACGGUGGGGAGCUGUUUAUGCAAUUGGAGCGAGAGGGGAUCCUUGUGGAAGACAAAGCAUGCUUCUAUCUGGCAGAGAUUUCAAUGGCUCUGGGACACUUGCAUCAGAAAGGCAUCAUCUACAGAGACCUGAAGCCAGAAAACAUCAUGCUAAACAACAACGGUCACAUCAAGCUCACAGACUUUGGACUGUGUAAAGAAUCAAUCCACGACGGCACGGUUACUCACACUUUCUGUGGCACCAUAGAAUACAUGGCCCCAGAGAUCCUGAUGAGGAGUGGACACAACCGGGCUGUAGACUGGUGGAGCCUGGGAGCUCUCAUGUAUGACAUGCUGACAGGAGCACCACCAUUCACUGGUGAAAACAGGAAGAAGACCAUUGACAAAAUCUUAAAGUGUAAAUUGAACUUGCCACCUUACCUCACACAAGAAGCCAGGGACCUUCUCAAAAAGCUGCUAAAACGCAACGCCUCGUUACGCCUGGGGGCGGGCCCAGGAGACGCCUCAGAAAUUCAGUCCCACCCAUUCUUCAGGCAUAUUAAAUGGGACGAACUUCUCGCUCGCAAAGUGGAGCCUCCAUUCAAGCCUGUUCUGCAAUCAGCUGAUGACGUGAGCCAGUUUGACUCCAAGUUCACCAGCCAGACUCCUGUUGACAGCCCUGACGACUCCACGCUCAGUGAAAGUGCCAAUCAAGUCUUCCUGGGCUUUACGUAUGUAGCCCCUUCUGUGCUUGAAAACGUCAAGGAGAAAUUCCCCUUUGAGCAAAAGGUCCGCUCACCAAGAAGGUUUCUGGGAAGCCCAAGAACACCAGUGAGCCCAGUGAAGUUUGCUGGGGGGGACUGCUGGCCCCGGGCCCCCACCCAAGCUAGAGUCUCAUCCCUGCUGUCCCCUGGGGGCUCUGGGUCUGGAGACCAGCCCAUGGAGGUUGGUGUGGAGCAGAUGGAUGUGAGCUCCAAAGCUACUGAGGUGUCUGCCCCACUGCCCAUCAAAAAGCCCUCUGGCAACACCACCACAGGCGGACCCUUCAAGAAGCAGUCCUACCCCCUGAUGUCCAAACGUCCCGAGCACCUCCGGAUGAAUCUAUGACGCCCAGCUCCAUCUUAGAACUCCUCUUUUCUAAUUCCUCCUCCCCCUUUUUUUCUUUUUGUUUGUUUUAAAAGCCUUAAAGAAAUGACUGACGGCGCGCCGACCAUCAGCACCAAUCACCAGCUCCUCCAGAUGCACCUUCCAUCUCUGCCUCCCUCUCCUAUCUUUCCCUUUUUGAGCAGCUUGGGAGCCACAUGGGGCUUUCUACCCUAGCAGAUAUAAACAAACUAUAGCAGUCUCCUGUUAGGGAGACGAGGGAGAGAACUCCCUCCCACCAAUUAGAACUUUAGUCAGACAACGAAAGGUCUUGACUACUUCCUAAUGCCCAGUAGGGUGUAGCUGCAGGAAGAGACGAGAGCAGUGCUGCUUCCUGAUUCUUGUGUGCUCCACUGGGAUAGCUUCUCAUAUGAUAUACUGGUGCUUUGUACUUUGGGUGAGUGGGGACAGACAGUGUUACUCAUGCAGCAAUGAUUUUUCUCACCAGGAGUGAGACGUUAUUGAUUUCUGAAGCCGUGUAAUAGACUUUAAGGCUGAACGGGUGGAGAUGAUUUCCCCCUUAAAUGCCUCUGCUUCCUUUUUACAGGAUACAGUAUAGAUGGAGAAAAUUACAAUGAACACAGAACACAAUAUUCUCUACAGUUCUCAUGCUAUAGUAUAUUAGGCUACAUUGUUCCAUAAAAAAAAGAUGGAAUCCACAAAGCCUUUUUUUCUGCUUUGUCACAUCCUGUCAGGAUAAAUCCUGUGUUCAGUAGGUAGAACCAGUAUUGAAACUGAAUUAAACCGGAAGGUGCAAUCUGAACUCGUCCAAUGAGAACAGAUUUCCGUGAGCCUUACUGAACAUGACCCUAGUGUGGUGUCAUUGAUGGAGGAGGUGCAGCUAGAAGCAGACAGAAAAACACGGUGUAUGCUAUUUCAGCUGAAUGCAACACCUCCUGCACCAUCUGUCUUCUGACUGGAUCUCUCGGUAGAUACAAAACCUUUCUGUCUGUCUCUGCAUGUAGUACAUCGGAUGUAAACUGACUCAAAAUGCCUUUUCGAGUGUCACUUACUCAGAUGACCCACAUGAGUUCCCUUCACGGUUAAGAUGCAUGCAGGUUUAUUCUAAUAUUAUGGACCUAUUCUUUUUGGGAAUCCAGGAGAUGUGUUAUUGUCAGAUAUAAACCGAGGGCUCGUCUUUUGAAUUGAAAGAAGGAAAGCAUCAAGGCCAAAUUCUCAUCACUGCCUUUUGUGUUUAGCUUAUCGCCAGGUUACGUUUGUCUAAUGCACCUGCCUAGGUGCUUCACGGAUUCUUCCCUCAGUCUUUUGAACCCUUGGUGAUAUCAGUAGGGCUAUACCGCUAUGCUGGCUCCAUUUGAACUAGGGAUUGUUUGAAAUGUGUGGUGACUUGAAGGUGUUGUAUGUAUGUGGUCUUUAACUGUGCGCCUCUGGAGAAAAGCCAUUUGAUCCUCUUCCCCAAACAUGAAACUUAGUCAAAUGAAGAAUAAUAAUCCCAACUAUAAGGUUCCAUCUAGCUGAAGGCAGUGUUCACACGACCAGGAGAAUGGUCAUACUUAACCAAAUGUGUCUGUUAUUUGAUAAAUGUUAACAUUUUACUUUUUAAAAAUGUACUUUUAAAAACUCACUCAAUAAGCAAACAGUUGUACUAUUCUGUUAAAUUUUGAACCAGGCAGUUUAUUUGGGUUGUUCUCUAGAAGUGCUCCUGAGUCGCACAGCCAUCUCAGUGCUUGAGUGCUGCAUCUCAGUGCUUGAGGCGUCACUACAGACACCCUGGUUCGAAUCCAGGCUGUAUCACAACCGGCCAUGAUUGGGAGUCCCACAGGGCGACCCACAAUUGGCCCAGCAUCAUCCGGGUUUGGCUGGUGUAGGCCGUCAUUGUAAAUAACAAUUUGUUCUUACCUGACUUGCCUAGUUAAAGGUAAAAAAAAAAAAGAAUAAUGUUGGGACCUACUCCAUGACUGAGUGGCGUGAACCCCUCUUACAAACCUACAAUUUGGAUGGGUCAAAAACAAUUGGAUCGGUCAAAAACAAUUGGAUGGGUCAAAACAAAAAUAAUCUGGGUGAAUGUGUAUCCUUACAGAGGAUUUCCUAUUCCAAGACUGCUGAGGUUUAUUAAAAUAGAUAUUAUCAUCACCCCCCCCCCCUCAUGUGUGCUUGUCAAUAAAGCACUUGGCACACUUCAUCUUCAGGUUCCAUUGGAGAGGAUGUCUGCUGUGCUUCAGAGCAACUUCCAUAGUGACCAUGGCUUAGCUUUGAAUACAUUUUUAACAAUCAACAACUUCUAUGGUGAAUUAUUUUUUUUCCCUUACUGCAUCAGUUCCACUAUGCAAAAAAUGUAUUUAUUGCAUAGUCAAUUGUAUGUUUGUCGCGCAUGGAUCUUUUGUAAAUGACUUUAUUUUGUUCCUUUUAUUUAUUUGUAGAUAUGUGCAUAUGGUUAUCAUAUGAAUAUCUCUCUUGAGAAACCUCAAAUGCAGCAGUUAAUUCUUUAUUCCAAACUACAAUGUCCUAAAUGUUUUAGUAUAUUUAUUGUACUACAAUAGAAUUAUAUUGUGCUAUGGACAUGUUCAGAAAGUAACUUUUUGAUAACUUUUACCUGGUUCUUUUAAUUCUGAACUUGAACUUUAAGAUGCCUGUCGAGUGUUGGAAAUAUGGUGUGUGUGUGUGUGUGUGUGUGUGUGUGUGUGUGUGUGUGUGAGAGAGAGAUUUUAAAAUAAUUGCAGAUGUGUAUGGAAUGCUAUUGAGACAGGAAGAUAAUUGGACCAUGUGUUUCUUUCUUGUAGUGUAGUCUCUAAAUGAUGCUCCUCUAACCUGUUAAAUACUAAAAUGAUCGAAAUGAUCUGAGUGGGAUUCAUUUCAAGUGGUUUGUAGCUUGAGGGCCUUUGAAAAGUAUACAAAUGAACAUACCUUGAUUAAUCAACUCAUUAGAAGACUGCUGCAAACAUUUAAUCUGAGUCUAUUUCAUCCCUGUAUUUAUUCCAUGACCUGGGAUGUUGAUUUUGUAAUAUAAUGUAAGUGGAUGGAUGAGAACAAAAUAAAAUGUGUUGCUGAUUUGAA